UUUUAUAUAUAUAUAUAUAUAUCCAUCAAGCAUUUUUUUGAGUCAUUUCUAUCAGAUAAAACCAAACUGAUCUGCAUGAUUGAAGCUAUUAUAUUCAAUUUACAGGAAAACAUGAAGAAAUUUGAAGAAAUAUUGAAGGAUACAACGCAGAACGACAAUUUUCUAUUGGAAAAACAAAUAAAUACAUGUUUUGAGCUGCAGUGCAAAAUUGAAGAUUAUUCAGACAAUGUCAAGGAACUAGAAUUACCCGACGAUUACUUGGAGUCGCCAAAUACUUUAAUUGAUUUUAUAUCAAACAUUCCUUACGUCAUGAAUGACUUGGGACCUGAAUCAUUGGUUGUGGUUACGUCUGAAAAAGUCGGUAUGCAAUACAUACAAUUAUUACAUGGUUUUGCAGUGAAUAAUGUUAUCAUCACCACAAUUAAGGCGUUAACGGCGGGUGAAGUGGAUAUGACACUGGGAAACGUGAAGACCGCGCUUCUGGACGGAUCUGAAUCAGAAUACCGGAAGUUCAUAGGCAGUGAAACCGUUCGGUUGGUCAUAGCAGACCACGUGCCGGCCGACCGGCUGUUCCGCGUGUGGGGCGAUGUUCAUCGUGACCAGUGUUUCGCUACGAUUCGAAUGAAUCCUAUUGAGGGCGAUGAUGAUGUUGGCGAAAAUAAUAAUAUAAUAUCUUAUGCCUCCCGAAAAAAAGAUCUAUUAGUAGUUCUACGCCUCAAGCACGAAAUAAAAUGGCAAUAUGAGCUUCAGGCACAAUCUAGCAAAGACAUGCAAGAUUGGGAACCUCCAGGGACCGUCAAGCAUAAUUCCAUUUAUCUGAAACAACUGAGCAACGAGAUGCAAGAUUGGAAACCGAUAUGA